AUCCAUUCUCUGUAUAGCACAGCAAGCCCCAGCAUGCUGAAGAGGAAACAGAGCUCACGGGUCGAGGCCCAGCCCAUGACCGACUUUGGGCCGGAUGAAACCCUCGCAGACAGUGCUGACAUCUUCUGGAUCAACAAACCAUGGGUCCAUUCUUUGCUUCGAGCCUGUGCGAUCAUCAGCGUCAUCUCCGUGUGUAUGAACACCCCAAAGACCUUUGAGCAUUACCCUCCAUUGCAGUAUGUGACAUUUACACUGGACACGCUGCUAAUGUUUCUCUACACUGCUGAGAUGAUCGCCAAGAUGCACAUAAGAGGAAUCAUCAAGGGAGAUAACUCUUAUGUGAAAGAUCGCUGGUGUAUGUUUGACGGAUUCAUGGUGUUUUUCAUCUGGGUCUCUUUGGUGCUGCAGGUGUUUGAAAUAGCUCGGCUUGUGGAUCAGAUGUCUCCGUGGGGAAUGCUGAGAAUCCCUCGAGCUCUGAUAAUGAUCCGGGCCUUCAGGAUCUACUUCCGCUUUGAACUUCCCCGCUCUCGCAUCACCAAUAUUCUCAAACGAUCCGGGGAACAGAUCUGGAGCGUCUCAAUCUUCCUGCUAUUUUUUCUUCUGCUGUACGGAAUUCUUGGAGUUCAGAUGUUUGGAACAUUCAACCAUCACUGUGUUACCAAUGACACACAAAUAGGGAAAGUGACUUGGAACAGCUUGGCUAUUCCUGACACACAUUGCUCCCCCGAUGGAGAGGGCUACCAGUGUCCUUAUGGCUUCAAAUGCAUGGAUCUGGAAGAGCUGGGACUCAGCCGUCAGGAGCUCGGUUAUAGUGGUUUUAAUGAACUAGGUACUAGUAUAUUUACUGUGUAUGAGGCUGCAUCACAGGAGGGUUGGGUGUUCCUCAUGUACAGAGCCAUCGACAGCUUCCCUCGCUGGCGAUCCUAUUUUUACUUCAUAACUCUCAUUUUCUUCUUGGCUUGGCUUGUCAAGAAUGUGUUCAUUGCUGUCAUUAUUGAGACAUUUGCCGAGAUAAGGGUCCAAUUCCAGCAGAUGUGGGGGUCGAGGAGCAGUACCACCUCUACUGCUACGACACAGAUGUUCCACGAAGACGCCGCUGGGGGAUGGCAGCUUGUAGCUGUGGACGUCAAUAAACCACAUGGUCGAGCGCCUGCAUGCCUUCAG